CCUUAGAUCAAGAAGCAACCAUUCAUUCCCCUUUGGCCCUCUCAGCAGCACCAUGGCGGUCAGCAAAAACAAGCGCCUUACAAAAAGUGGCAAAAAAGGAGCCAAGAAGAAAGUGGUUGAUCCAUUUUCUAAGAAAGAUUGGUAUGAUGUGAAAGCACCAGCUAUGUUCAAUAUAAGAAAUAUUGGGAAAACACUAGCCACAAGAACUCAAGGAACAAAAACUGCAUCUGAUGGCCUCAAGGGUUGUGUUUUUGAAGUAAGCCUUGCCAAUCUGCAGAACGAUGAAGUCCACCAAAUCCGCAAGAAAAUGAUGGAAAUCAUGACCAAAGAGGUGCAGACAAAUGACUUAAAAGAAGUGAUCAAUAAAUUGAUUCCAAUAAGCAUUGGGAAAGAAAUAGAAAAGGCUUGCCAAUCUAUUUAUCCUCUCUAUGAUGUGUUUGUUAGAAAAGUAAAAAUGCUGAAGAGGCCCAAGUUUGAACUGGAAAAACUCCUGGAGCUUCACGGUGAAGGUGGUAGUUCUGGAAAAGCCACCAGAGAUGGGACAGGUGCUAAAGUUGAAUGA